UUUAAUCAAUACAUAUAAAACGUUAUUGCCGUUUAUGCAGUAGAUAUCUCUUGAAGCUUUAUACUGUAAACACAGUUUGUAGGCUAAGCUAUUGUGAGCUAUGUUCGUAUCCGUUGUGUGGUUAUUGACACUGCGAUAAUAUGGGUGUCAAUCAUUUAUGCCGAAAUUUACAUGGUUAUGGACGUGUCUUGAACCAUCUAAAUUAAUACGCGAGCAACAGUUUGUUAUUCCCCUACCAGUACAUCCAAUGCACAAAACUCCAUUAAUUUUGGCUAGUUUAUAUUAUUUACAGCCACACUCUUUGAAACAGAUCGCUUCUUCUUGCUGGACUUCAAGUCGUAUCGUUAUUGAAUAUAACCAACGAAUUAUCGCGCCUCGCUUAUCGAUUGCCGUCUGAAAUUUCGGCGGUUGAAUACAAGUGACUGUUUGAUGAAUUCAUUAGUACCAUAUCGAAGUGGAUAUUGUUGAGCAAGUGUCACAGUGCCAAUGCAUCAAUUGUCGGAUGACAAAGACCGAGAGAUCAGUGCGUAAAAACGAUUGCUUGACCACACUCUGUAUGAGAAACAGACGGAACGUUUUGUGUUGCCUCUACAACAGCUUCAUCGUAAUAUUUCGAUAUUUUCUGCAUUUAAAAAAAAAACAUUUUCUACGUUGAAAUUCACAUCGUUGGGAAAAGUUCAUAUACGCCAAUAUUACAUGGAUUUACCAUAUGCUAUGUUUAAUAUCCAUUGUCAUGAAAAUUAAUUUCAGUAUAAAAUGGUUAAUACCAUAUGGCUCGUCAGACUAUAAAAUCGAAUGUUAUAUGAAAUUAUGUGCAAUAUUGAUCGAUAGCAUCUAGCUAUUUGAAGGGUUACGAGACGCCGUCAUUUAGGCCUGCUGUUCUGCUCUUCUCCGGAUAUGGUAUCAUCAGAUAGUGACUAAUUUCAGUUCCAGGACCAUCCAUGUAUCAUUAAUAACAUAAUAGUCUCUUUCUGUAACCAGUUUCCUUUCAAUUUACCAAUUGUUUCCUGUCUGACAGUUCCCGUGUUUUUAUUUUCAUGGCUCGCAGAACGUUCAAGUCAAACAACAGGACAAUGGCGAAGAAGUUGAAACUAUGUUUAUUUGUAUUCUUCAUUUUCGUACUCUACCUGUUGUUUGGCUCUCUAGUAUUUUCUGCUAUAGAAAAGGAUAAUGAAAUAAACGUUACUCUUAGGCUCUCGGAUGAUUUAAACUCAUUUCUUGAUGCACAUACUUGUGUGAAUGAAUCCGAACUUAUGGAAGUUUUACAGAUGAUCAAGAAAGCAAUAGACGACGGCGCCUAUAAUGUAACUUUCAGUAACACAACAGAGGAUGCGGACUUGAUAUGGGAUACGAUAUCUGGGAUUUUCUUUUGCUUCACCAUUGUAACAACAAUAGGUUUUGGCCACAUCACGCCAAAGACUACUGGAGGACAGAUAUUCUGUAUUGUGUAUGCAUCAAUUGGGAUUCCGAUUACUGGUUAUCUGCUUUCCCUACUAGGAGACAAUUUCGAGCGUUUCUGGAAAUGGUAUCAGCGAUUGUUCAACAAAAAGUUUAAAUGUAUCCGAUCGGUGGACCUGCGCAGAGCUAUGAUUAUAAUCUUUGGGACCAUCCCUGUUCUACUCGUCACUUUGUUUUUACCGUCGUAUUACUGGCAGGUGGAGGAAAAAUGGACAUAUUGGACGAGUUUAUAUUACACUUUUAUUACAAUGACAACAAUUGGUUUUGGCGACAUUGUGGCAAGUAUAGAUAAUGAUACCGUCUCAGUGUGGAUUCGUAUCUUUGACCUGGUUUUAACGAUAUUUACGAUUCUCCUUGCUCUUGGGAUAUUAACGGGAAUAUUAAAAAUUGCAUCUAGACGAAUACAAAAAAGUAAGUCGAUUGGGACUUCAAGACUUUCCACUAUGAUGAAAAAACUAAUAGGAAAUGAAAGCAUGAUAAAUAAAGAUGAUAAAGAAGUGAAUAUCAGAACAAUCUCGAAGGAAGUUAUCGAAAGUAAAACAAACGGUAAUCUUAAUCAUCUAAAUCAAAAUAUAUAUAAAGAAGAAAGAACUUCUACUGCUAAGGCGGAAGAUGAUAUUGAUAGCUCUGAACAAAUUACGCACGUAGAAGACGUCAAAAGGCGCACAAGUGAAGUCUCGCAAGCGACAGAUUUAAGUUGUGAAGAUGUAAGUAUACAUUUUUCUAAUCGAUUGGAACUGUAUAUGAACAGAAAAUUGAUUAUAUCAAAGGACGGCCUAUCCGAUGAAAUGAUCACAAACAUUACAGAUGUUGUUAAGAAUCAUAUAUUGGAAGCAACUAAGACGAGUGGGAAUAAUUCAUCGAUUAAAAACCCGAUUGCCGUGAAUGGAACGCUCAACCGAGCGUUUGUUGACGAUACACAGGACACGUAUGUACACGUUGACAUGCACGCAGAUGUCACAAGGUGAAAAUGACCUUCUAAGGUAAACUACGGAAAACCUAACGAAAAUGCAUUGCAUUGUUGAUAAUCAAUAGAGUCUAGCCUUAUUCGGCCAAAACCAGACGUCGGUAGGCAAAUCCAUCUCCGUCUGCUGAUUGUCAUCGUUGAAGAAGAUCCGUCGUGCGCACCUCGUUACAUACGUCUACAUGUACUUGCGUCGACGACUACGGGCUGGUAUGUAGAUUUGUGGAUGGCUUAACAUAGACAGGACCACAUGGAAUGAGAAAAAUCUUUGUUGAGAAUAUAUAGAGAUUAUAUAAGCAUUUAAUUAUCCAUAACAACGAUUGCAGAUCUCGUCCUAAUCUUAACUCAAGUAGGAUUGGAUUAGAUUGGAUAUAGCCUAUAUAUAUAUAUAUAUAUAUAU